CAUCUCCACGUAUUCGCAAAGCAGCGGGUGAGCGCAUUCCGUACUAUAAAAACCGACAACCCCGUUGUCCCGAGCUCCUGACGAGAACGAAGCAAGACGAGAGAGAGAUGUAAAAAAGAGAGAGCGAUCAAGUGGGAGGAGAAUGGGUGGGGAGAUAGACGUGGAGGAGUCGACAAGGAGCCAAGUGAUGCAGAACCUCUUCGGCGAUCACCCCGAGGACGAGGUGGAAGAAGACGUCGCUUCCGAGCACAGGGCCACUGGAGAGCACAAGGCCGCCGCCAACCGCUCCGGCGACCGUUCGGGUGAUGGGGAAGAUGAAGUUGAGGGGGAAGAAGAAGUUGCUGUGGAAACUGAAGCGGAACGACAUGAUGUGGAUGUUGACCAGGGAAAGAGUGAGGGGGAAAGGAUUCAGAAGUCUCCAGAAAGAGAAAUUAGUCAUCAAAGGAUGGAGAAUGAUGGAAAAGAUACUGAAGGUGAAGGGAAAGGGUAUGAGCAAAGAGUAGUUAGAAGCAGGAGACAAGUAGUAAUUACUAGUGAAUCAGCGGGAUCUGAGGAUAAUCAUGAUGCUGAUCAUGAUAGUGAAGAUGCAGAUGUUAAUCAAGCAUGGAAGCCUGGGUCAAAAGAUGAGCAAAAGGACCUCAAAGUUCUUCGUGAUGUUUUUGGGGAUUCUGAUGAAGAAGAACCUGCUGAGUAUGGCGCUCAAAAUGAAACAGGGCAUGAUUCACAUAGAUCUCUUAUGGAGGAGGAAGGUAGAUAUGCCAAAGGAUUGGGACCAGAAGAGAUAGUACCUGAUGAUGAAGGGCAGUACAAUUCACAAUAUGAUAAUCUUGGAAAAAAACCAGAAAAACCUGUCGGUCCACCAUUGGCAUUAGAAAUUCCACUGCAUCCCCCACCAGGACAGCCUGGCAGGAUGAACAUGAUCAAAGUAUCUAACAUCAUGGGCUUUGAUCCAAAACCUUUUGAUCCUAAAACAUAUGUAGAAGAGGAUGUGUUUAUGACUGAUAAAUCUGGAGCUCAGAAACGUAUACACGUAGAGGACAAUAUUGUACGCUGGAGAGCUGUCCAGAUACCUGAUGGCACAACCUCUUAUGAAACCAAUGCACGUUUUGUAAGGUGGGAAGAUGGAAGUAUACAGUUAUUAAUUGGGAACGAGGUUCUGAAUACAUCUGUGCAUGACUCAGAUCACGAUCAAGCCCACUUGUUUCUUCAGCACGACAAGGGAAUCUUACAAUCUCAAGGAAGGCUGCUCCGCAAGAUGAGAUUCAUGCCUUCUUCUUUGUCAUCAAAGUCUCACCGAUUACUCAGUGCUCUUGUUGAAUCACGCAAUAAAAAGGUCCACAAAGUGAAAAGUUGUAAUGGCAUUCACCAAGAAAGAGAAAAAGAAGAGAAGGAAAGGGUUGAAGCACAAACAAUUAGAAGCAGUCUACUUCAGAAGAAACAUGAAAAAGUGAACCACAAAUAUGUACGAACUGUGAGCAGAGGAAGGCUUCUCCCUCCUGGGUGUUUGGAGGCGGCACUAGAUGAGGAUGAUGAGCCUGAAGACUAUUACAGUUCUCGCCAGUCAGCUUCAGUUCGUAGUCGUUUUGAGCAAGACAUGGAAGCAGACGUGCAGGCUGAGAGACUCGUGAUUAAUGCAAAGAGGCAAUCAAAUAUACAGAAAAAUCUCCCUCGCAAGUCAUCCUUGCCCAUUGCACGUAUAGCAAGGCACCCAGUAGAGGAACAUCCAGAGAGUGAGAGUGAGGAAUCUGAAUAUGAAAGCAAAGGUGAUGAUAUUGAGAAAUCUACAGCAAAUAAGCCAGACCAUGAAGGUGAAUACAAGGAGGAUGAGGCAGACAAAGAAGCUUGUGGUGCCAAUUCUGCAUUUGAAGAAGAUGAAGAUAAGGAGCAAAGGGAAAAGAUAAAGGGAACAGGAGGCAACAGUCUGAAGCGCAAGGAGAUAGAUGGAGAUUCUCCACCAAGAAAGAAAACAAUAAAUCGUAGAAAAGCAGUUAUCUUUGAUAGUGAUGAAGAGUGAAUGGAAAAUUAACUGCAGGUGACAUUGGAGACAUUAAUUGAUGCAGAUGCUCUGGGCUCUGUGAGAGACUCUGAACUUGGUGCAGAGGUUAUUGCACAAUGAAGUGUUUUCACCUGUGGUACCAUUUUUCUGCUAUUUUGUUUUUCUAAUUUUAUCCUAUAAAGUGCUGGUCCUCGUAUCUUGAGGAAUCUGGCGGGUCUUAAAUUUCUCUACCAUAUUUAAUGGUUGAAUAAAUUGUUUAAACCUGACUUGCAAUAAUUAUGAACGUAUUUGAAGUCCAAUAUCAGAUCCAGCAUUUGAUAUGACA